GAAAGCAAAAGAUUCCAAACGAUGAAGCUGUUCGCACUGUGUUGUCUGCUGUUCGCUCUACUCGGAUGCCUGGUCUCUCCAAGCUAUGGCUCGCCAUCCCGUCACAGCGGAGGAGGAACUGGAGGAGCGCCUGGAGGAGCUGGAAAUCCUUUCAGACAGCCGCCCGCACCACGUCCUUUCAUCUAUGACGCGCCGAUCCGAAGACCGGGUCAACCAAAAACUAUGUACGCUUAAAUCAACAAAUGUGACUUAAUAAAUUUACUAAAUAUGAAAACAGAAA